AGUACUUAUAGUCUUAUACUAUGAAACACUGUCCCACUAACAAGUAAGCAAUUAAACUUUUAAUGCAUCAGGAAAUGUGCUGAUUUGUGAUUUAGUGUUUCGCUAUCUGUUCCUGAUGUUAGCAGCUUUUAAAUAAAGCUGUACUUUUACAAUGGGUAAAAGAGUUAGUAUCUUAACCAUCGUCAUUGAUAUUGGGAUCUCCUUUUUCCCUUCACGCGUAGCCAAUGUCCGAGCAUGUCGUCGCGACAGUGUUUUGUAGAUUGCACGAAUCCACUGGUGUACAACGUCGCCUGCGAAGAUAUCAAAGGAUCAGAUUUGUUUAACGACUUAAAGGAUUAUAAAACCUCUAGUCAACCGAUCCAUCUGGCAAUAUGGAACUCUCCAGGUCUAUCGCGCAUCAGUGGGGUAAUGUUGGAUCCUGUGGCCAAUGAGAUGCUGCGGUUGGAGGUGGACAACCUGGAGACGCUGGAGUACUUUCCCGAACUGAGGCCACAGUACAAACUGAAAGAGCUCGUGCUGAUGAACUGUCCCAAACUGAAAGAGAUGCCGCUCGAGUUGCUUCCUCCUUCAAUCGAACAGUUGACUCUGUUCAAAACCGGGAUCACCGAUCUGUGGAACGAUUUCGAAGAGGCACCAUCGCUGCCACUUGUACACGAAUUUACCCUCUCCAAUAUGCGCAUUGAGAGCAUACAAUCCGGAUACUUUAAGGCUUUCCCAAACCUGGAUACGCUGCAGAUCCUCAAUUCAGAACUGGCCCUAACAGCUCCUCGAGGCGAUCUUAUCAGCGCAUUAAAGCCGCUAAAACGGCUACGCAUAACGAACAACACCCUGCCAUCUGGCUCGCAUGCCAUUAUCUACGAAGGCGCCAUGGCGGAAAUGCAGUUAGCGGAGAAUGCCUACAUUGACCUCUCAUCAAACUACUUUGAAAUGCGCAAUGAAGCUAGAGCAUUAGCUGGUAAAUUCCAAACCGCGCGCUACAUUUCCCUCAAAGACAAUAGCUUUCAGGAUUUCGCUACCACAGCUAACGUGUUCACCCGCUUCACCCAUUUGGAGUACCUGGACUUAGCGAAUACCAAUUUCUUCAUCGCUACCGGCAGUUUAGCCGGGCUUCCCAGUUUAAAGGAAUUAUAUUUGGGCAGUAAUCGAAUGCGUGACUUAACCGUGACUAACAUUUUUCAGGGAGCAUUAUUUCGGAAUCUCACCAGAUUGGAUUUAUCUGAUAACGAACUGAAAUACUUGCCAAUUGGUGUACAACCCUUCGCCGACAGUCUUGAAGAACUAAUUCUUCGUGGGAAUCAAAUGAAAUUGCCGGAAAUUUUUACUAGUGGCGGACGAAGUUAUGUUACCAGUUUUGACAAAUUCACGAAUUUGAAACGAUUAGAUUUAUCCUACAACAAAUUGGUGAAGCUGAACAGUUUACAUCUAAGCCGAAUCAAGAAGCUGCAGUCUUUGAACCUCGGGUGCAAUGAUUUUCGGCGAAUUGAUAAAGCAUUUUUCAACUUUCUUCCUCGAAGUCUCCAGAUCCUCAAUCUGACGUUUUGCUUGUAUGACCAAGGCGUACAUUUUGAAAAUGACCCGCUGCUUACUAUGCCACCCAUCAGCAAACUAAUUAUGCAGCAAGGUCAGCUAACGAGCGCGGUCUUUGCCAUUUUCAAAAAGGCGCAUGUGGAAAAACUAAGCGAGCUAGACUUGGGCUACAACAAUAUUGCCAUUAUUGAUUCUGGAUCUUUCGAGCCACUGUGGAUGCUGGAGACUUUGAAGCUAACAAGAAACCGAAUGCAGUCCAUCGGACCACUUACAUUUGCUAAUAUGGAUAGGCUACUCGAACUAGAUUUGUCUUGGAACAAAAUUUAUACGGUUACAAAAGAUGAUUUUGCCGGUUUAUACAAUCUGAAGACAUUGACACUAACUGGCAACUCAAUAGCAAGUUUACAAGCCGGUGCUCUGGAUCCGUUAAAUAACCUGAACCAGCUUUACCUCGGGUUAAACUUAAUUAAUGGUGACGAUUUGACGACCGUGUUCAGCAAAGCCGGAGACAGUCUUAUUCAUUUGGGGCUGCAGUCCAAUCCCGUUCGUUGCAUCCCGGGGUCACUGUUUGGUAGACUGAGAAAGCUCAGGUGGCUCUAUUUAAACAGUUCACGCGCAAUCAGUCUCGAUGUGGGAUCAUUUCGCAACCAACCAAGCAGAAUGUCUAAAUAUCCGUUCCGACUGUGGGCAUUUAAAGAGCCAGAACUGAGCGAUAUUGGUUGUCAGUCUUGGGAAGACUGGGCAACAGCUUUUAGGAGAUAUAUGCGUCAGUCUCGCAUUUCCGUUUUAAUUAUUAAUAUGAGUAUCAGCGUGAACAUUGCUUCAGCUGUCAUUAUUUGCAUUUUACUUCCCCUUACGCAUGGUCAGUGCCCGAGUAUGGCAUCACGGCGCUGCUUCGUGGACUGCACGAAUCCUCUAAUGUACAAUGUCGCAUGCGAAGACAUCAAAGGAUCGGAACUCUUCAACGACAUAAGUGAUUAUGGCACAUCCAGCCAACCGAUUCAUUUGGCCAUAUGGGAUUCCCCGACUCUGUCGCGCAUUACUGCAAUUAUGCUGCAGCCAAUAGCGAAUGAGAUGACUCGGUUUGAGCUGGACAAUAUGGAGUCACUGGAAUAUUUUCCUGAACUGAAACUUCAGUAUUUGCUCAAGGAACUGGUUUUGAUGAACUGUCCCAAGGUGAAAGACAUGCCACUGGAACUACUUCCCCCUUCGAUCGAGCAAAUCACUCUUUUCCGAACUGGCAUUACUGAACUGUGGAACGACUUUGAAGAAACACCAGCGCUUCUGCUUGUGUGGGAGUUCACCCUCGCAAGCAUGCGCAUUGACAAUAUUCAGCCCGGAUACUUUCGAGCGUUUCCCAACCUCCAAUCUCUCCAGAUCACCGACUCUAAGUUGUUUCUAAAAGUGGACCAGGACGAUCUAAUUGGAGUGCUAAGUCCACUGCAACAUCUACGCAUUACGAACAACACCCUUCCGCCUGACACAGGUGCCGCCAUCUAUGAAGGCAUCAUGACGGGACUGCGAAUUGCCGAGAAAGCGCAUGUUGACCUUUCACAGAACAAUUUUGAAUUUCGCACCCGGGCAAAGAAACUGGCCAGAAAGUUUGAAUUAGCACGCUGUAUCUCUCUCCGUGACAACAGCUUUGAGGACUUUGCGAGCACCGCGCAAGCAUUUACACAUUUUGUCCACGCGGAGAAUCUCGAUCUGACCAAUACAAACUUUCUCAUAGCAACUGGGAGUUUAGCGGGCCUUCCCAGGUUGCAACAGCUACUUUUAGGCCACAAUUCAUUCCAAGAUUUGACAGCUACAAACAUUUUUCAAGGUGCGCUGUACCGAAAUUUAACGUUCCUCGAUUUGUCUUAUAAUAACCUGCACUAUCUGCCGAUUGGCGUAGAACCUUUCGCCGACAGUCUGGAGGAGCUUGUUCUCCGUGGGAACCGAUUGCGUCUACCAGAAAUGUACAAUUUAAGUGGCAAAAGCUACGUUACUGGUUUCGAAAAAUUCAAGAAUUUACGACGAUUGGAUUUAUCUUACAACCACUUACUGAAACUGAAUAGCGUAUAUCUGAGCCGAAUCAAAAGGCUACAGUCUCUCAAUCUUGGAUGUAAUGAUUUCCGACGGAUCGGCCGAACUUUCUUCAACUCUCUACCUCGGAGUCUCGAGACCCUUAACAUAACCUUUUGUUUUCUCAAUCUGAGCGUGCAAUUUGAGAAAGACGCUCUGCUAGAAAUGCCACCAAUCAGCAAACUGAUCAUGCAGAAAGGUCAACUGACAGGCUCGAUCUUUGAGGUUUUCAAAGCAGCCAGAGUAAAAACUUUAGCCGAGCUAGAUUUGGGCUACAACCGUAUUACGAAUUUAUAUACGGAAGGUGUUGAACCUUUGUCGAUGCUCGAAAUUCUAAAACUUAACAACAACCAACUACAGUCAAUCGGGCCAAACGCAUUUUCUAAAUUGGACAGGCUGGUACAACUGGAUUUAUCUUGGAACAGUAUUCACACUAUCGCAAAGGACGACUUUGCUGGAUUAAGCAACUUACGAACCUUGACACUGACUGGCAAUUCUGUUAUGGUUGUACAAGCCGGUACAUUAGAUCCGUUAACCAACCUACAGCAGUUGUAUCUCGGAUACAAUGCUAUUAACGGCGACGACCUGGCAAUUUUGCUGAACAACGUUGGCGAUCAGUUAAUCCAUCUGGGACUGCAGUACAAUCCCAUUCAGUGUAUACCGGGACGUCUAUUACGAGGAAUGAAGAGACUAAAAUGGUUGUAUCUAAACCGAUCUCGAGCCAUCAACCUGGAUGUUGGAUCUUUUCGAACCCAACCAGCGAGGUUGGCCAGACAUCCUUUCCGAUUAUGGGCGUUCAGCGAACCGCUUCUGAGCGAUAUCGGAUGCCAGUCGUGGGAUGAUUGGGCUACAGCUUUUAGAAAGGCAUCAAAGUUCGUGCUAAAAGACCGCUCCGGUGCCGCAUUUCAACAAAUGCUAAUCAAUUUUCCCAGCUGUCACAUGGUUUCUCCUCGUCAGAUUAAGAAAUAUAUCGAGAAUAUUAUAUGUUGA